AUGUCAAAGUUACAAAUACAUUUUGGCCAAUCUGCUAAUGUUGAGACUUUAUUUUUAAUAACAUAUCAAUCAAAUAAUGUAUUAUCACCAUUACUGCAAUUAUCUCCAAUUUCUGAAUCUGACUUAUCAUCACCAUUACCACAAUUAUUUCUAAUUUCUAUAUCUGACUUACUAUUAUCCAAUAAAACUGUAAAAUUACAAAUGUGUCUGAAUGAAAUUAAUCAUCAAUGUUCAAUUACAAAAUCCUUGAAUACACCUACAUAUGAUUAUCUAUAUCUCAUAAGUAUAAGCAGAUAUAUAGAAUUAUUGUUAAAUGGUAAAGGUGUAUACUAUGAUGGGCAUAAGCAAUCAGAUGUUGUGACUUACAGAAGGGAAUGGCUAGAUAGAAUGUUCAUAUAUAGUAGUGAUAUGCUAGAUAUUGUAUUAGAGCCUCAACUUGAAUUUGAUAAAAAAGAGUAUAUGCAAGUUACACAUGACAAAUAUCAUUUUUAUGCAAAUGAUAGAAAGAGAAAAGUUUGGAUUAAAAAAAAUGAAGAUCUUUUACGUUCAAAACAUCCAGAGCGAUCAAUUAUGGUUUCAGAUCUUCUCUGCCCAUGUCAUGGAUUGUUGCAGCUAUUUGAUGAGCAAAUGAUAGCUAACCCUCAUAUAAAGUAUAAAAAGAUAUUUGUUCUUC